GCUCUGUUGCAAGCCUGUGAACUAACAGAAUCCCAUCAACUUUUGGAAGUAGGAUGUGGAACUGCAACUCAUAUUCCUCAGUAUGCACAAGCUGUGGGAGCUUGUGGUCAUGUCACAGCCAUUGACAUUUCACAGGAUUUGAUUGAACGAGCCAGGGCAGCCUUCCCAAAAAGCAAUGUCAACAGCAAUUUCACAUUCCAAGUGGCCAAUGUUUACGAGUUGCCCUUUUCAUCGCGGUCCUUUGAUGUCGUCAAGGAGGACCGUGUAUUGCAACACUUGAAUCGACCACUAGAGGCAGUGCAAGAAAUGCUACGGGUGACAAAGCCUGGAGGGGCCCUGGUGAUUGCCAAUCCUGAUUUUCGAUCCUUCGUGAUGGAUCACAUAGCCUCGCCACAGCAACGAUGGGGACAGAGUCUGCGCCCCCCAGAAGGAAAUGACCGGGACAUGUUUCAGUUGACUACCAAAGUGUUGAAUGGUGUUGUGCCCACUCUUUGUGCUCAUCCAUCGAUUGGGAUUCAAAGUCCGCGCUUGUUGCAUGCCGCCGGUUGUGACAAAAUUGAAAUGCAGGUUGUUCCUCUAGUUUUUGAAGGACGUGAAAGUUUAGAGAGGGUGGUCCCAAUCACGUACAUGGCGCAGCUCUCACAUGCCAAUGGUGCCAUUACCACCGAGGAAAUGGAGGCAUGGUUGCAUCGUUUGGAAUGGGAAGAAUCCGUGGCUAAAAAUGUCUUGACGGGGACACUUAACAUGUACCUUGCCCGAGGCAUCAAGCCAAGCAUUGAUGAUUCUGAUCAACGAGACUGGUCUUAUAGCAUUGGAACCAAGUUUUUUGAAAACUUGAAGUCCCCCAAACCCAAGCUGGAUUCCUCCAUUCGGUUUGCAGGACUAGAUGACACCUCUAAGCUGAUUGAACAAGCAAGAACCAUGGUCAACAAUGAGUACGCCACGUCGGACACCGGCACUACGUUAAGUUCCGAACGCUUGCGCCCACAGGACAUUCAACAGAUGGUAGCUGAUAACGAAUUGUUGCUUGCGUUUGAUGAUGACAACGAAGGACAAUUGGUUGGAUGCAUUCAGGUCAAGUUGAAACGGGCCACUUCCAAAGAUGAUGGGCUUCCAAGCUUUGGUCGAGACGCCGCCGAGAUUGUGGGUGAGUUCACCUGCCUGGCAGUCAACCUUGUAGUGUUUGGUUGCCGGCACCGAGUCAAAUCCCAAGAGAUAAUCAAGAGGAUUUGGAGGAGUCGCAGCCUCUUCUACUAG